AUGUCAAGCAGCAGCACCUUACCCGAGUUGGAACCGCUCAACAAUGGCUCCUGCGAGUCGACAAUACUGGUAUUCGGACCACAUGUCGGCACGACCUUUACCAAGGAACAUAUAGAGAAGAUGAUCCGGCCUCUCGCACAAGGCCAACACAGAGAGUGGAUCCUUGAGGCGAUCGCCGGGUUACCAAGCUACUGGGACGCCUUGAUUGCAAAGAUCCCCCAAGUCGCCGAGGUGCUGCCUGAUGUCCCCAAGGGUCUCGCCGAUCUCGCCACCUGGUUCCGACAUGGGCCACCUGCAGCCGACAUUGGCGCCACCCUGCCGCGCCCCGUGCUGGGGCCGGUGGUGGUGCUGACGCAGCUUGCGCAGUACUGGCAGUACCUUGAGCUGACACACGAGGGAGAGCCCACGGCAGACGUACUGGCGAGCCGAGUGGCGUCCGGCACCGCCAACUUUGUGUCGCUGGGGUUCUGCGCCGGCUUGAUACCGACGGCCGCUGCAGCCAGCGCCCAUAACCGGCACGAGUUCGAAAAGUACGCAGCCGUAGCGAUGCGUGUAUCUGUAAUCAUCGGUGGGCUGGUCGACGCGCGUGAGGAGUGGGACAAGGCACUAGGCAAGGGCGGCUCCGUGUCGUUGGCAACGGCCUGGGUCGGUCCAGAGCAGGCCGAGGACGUGGUGCGCAUCACCGAGGGUCUGUCUCCAGAUGCCUACGUCGCAAUCAUCUACGAUGAGGCGCGAGCGACGUUGAAGACCACGGAGCAGACGGCCCCCCUCCUGCAGAAGCGGCUCCGCGCCGCCGGUAUCAUCGCCAUCGAGAUGGAUAUCGGAAGCCAUGUUCACAGCCCCCACCCCGACAUACAGAAAACCACCGAUGCACUCGUCGAACUCGCAAACUCGAUGCCUGGCCUGCAGUAUGCCGACCUGGACAAGCUCGCGCUUCCGACGUAUGAUAACCGCGGCAGGGGGAGACGCGUGUUAGCAGGCUAUCCUUAUGGCCUGACCGAAUUGGUGCUCCGUGAGAUAUUCGUCCAGCAGUGCCAGUGGUACGGGACCUUCUCUGCCGUCGUCUCCCAGCAGCCGACGCCGUUUGUAGUUAAUUUCGGCCCAGAGCGCUGCGCGCCACCGACAUGGAUGGGGAAGCUCGGGACUCGACAGGUGCAUUUUGAGGAUGUGCAAAAAAGGCUGCGAGGGCUGGUAGGGCUAAUACGACCACACUACCACCACCGCCAGCAGAAGCAGCAGCAGCAGCGGCAAGAUCACAUUGCUGUCAUUGGCAUGUCGGUAAAGACGGCCGGUGCCGACGACCUGGCCGAGUACGCCGAGAUGAUCAAGACAGGCCAGUCGCAGCACGUUGCCAUCACCCAGGACCGCAUGAUGUUCGACACGCUGUUCCGUGACGGGCCAGGCAGCGACCCCAAGCGCAAGUGGUACGGCUGCUUCGUCCGCGAUCCAGAUGCCUUUGACCACAAAUUCUUCAAGCGCAGCCCGCGCGAGGCCGCCGCCAUGGAUCCGCAGGGCCGUCAGGCCCUCGAGGCUGCCUAUCAGGCCAUUGAGCAGUCAGGAUACUUCCAAGAGCUGAUCCAUGAACACGGCCAGGGGAUGGGCCAGAGCAGCAGCGAAAAUAGACCGGGAACAAAACAUGUUGGCGUCUACGUGGGCUCGUGCGGCGUCGACUACGAUACCAACACGGCCGCCCACGAGCCAAGCGCCUUCACGGCGACCGGAGUGCUCAAGAGCUUCAUCGCCGGCAGAAUAUCGCAUUACUUUGGCUGGACGGGCCCUUCCAUGACUUUCGACACGGCGUGCUCGUCGUCCGCUGUCGCCAUCCACACGGCCUGUCGCAGCCUCCUGUCGGGCGAGUGCACGGCGGCCUUGGCUGGAGGUUCCCAAGGCGUGAACAACAUGACGUGGUUUCAAAACCUGGCUGCAGGAAGCUUCGUCAGUCCGACAGGCCAGUGCAAACCCUUUGAUACGAAUGCCGAUGGGUACUGUCGUGCCGAGGGUUACGGCUGGGUCUUUUUGAAGAAGCUCUCAGACGCGGUGCGCGACGGGAACCCCGUCCUGGCCAUCAUCCCCAGUACAGCCGUCCACCAGAACCAGAACUCGACUCCAUUGUUUGUACCCAACGCUCCAUCGCUCUCUACACUGUUCACAGACGUGUUGCGCACAGCACAUGUAGUACCGCGCGACGUUUCACUAGUCGAAGCCCACGGCACGGGCACACCAGUCGGGGACCCAGCCGAGUACGAAAGCAUUCGGAGGGUUCUCGGGGGCCCGACAUCUGGCCGGCACAAGAAGCUGCCGAUCGGAUCGGUCAAGGGCCACAUAGGCCACACUGAAGGUGCGUCAGGUGUCCUUGCGCUCAUCAAGGUCAUCAUGAUGAUGCGGGGCGCCUUUGUCCCGCCCCAGGCCAGCUUCAACAAAAUGAACGACCGCAUCGACGUACGGCCCGACGACAUGAUGGAGGUCGUCACGAGGCUGCGGGCCUGGGAGGAAGAGUACAAGAUUGCCCUACUCAACAACUACGGCGCGUCCGGGUCCAAUGCGAGCCUGAUCGUCGCGCAGCCUCCCAGGUCAUUGGCCUUGAGCCGCAACGUGGCCACCGGAAGUUCUUCGUAUCCUUUCUGGAUCACAGGACUCGAUGCCCGAGCAGUUUCUGCGUACAGUGCCAAGAUGGCUUCGUACUGCCGCUCAUUGCUCAAAGACUCCAACACGCUUGCCGAUCUCUCGUUCGCCGUAAACCGGCAGUCCAACCGUGGCCUGGCCCAGGGCCUCGUGUUCAGCUGCCGGUCCAUGGCCGAGCUGGAGGAGAAACUGGGGCAGGCGGCGUCGGCAGGUUCUGACAAGGACGCGGCUGCACGGGUUGGAUCCACGUCUGUCAAGACCGAGCGGCCCGUGGUGCUCUGCUUUGGCGGCCAGGUUUCCCUGUUCGUUGGCCUCGACCGCAAGCUGUAUGACGAUGUGGCCAUUCUCCGCCGGCAUCUCGACAGCUGCGACGCCGUCGUGACGUCUCUGGGCCUGGAGAGCAUUUAUCCCGACAUCUUCUCACAACAGCCGGCCCGAGACACAGUCAAGCUGCAGACCAUGUUGUUUGCCAUGCAGUACGCAUGUGCCAAGGCUUGGAUGGACUGUGGUCUCGAGAACAAGACUGCCGCCGUCGUGGGCCACAGCUUUGGGGAGAUCACGGCACUGUGUGUCGCUGGCGCCCUGAGCCUCCAGGACACGGUCAAGCUUGUGGUGGCGAGAGCCAAGCUUGUACGUGAUGUCUGGGGUGCCGAUCCCGGCGCCAUGGUGGCAGUGGAGUCGGAUGAAGCCUUGGUUCGAGAGCUCUUGCAGGAUGCAAACAGUGCUCAGGGCUCGGACAGCUCGGCCAGCAUAGCGUGCUACAACGGCCCGCGCAGCUUCACACUGGCUGGCUCGACGGCUGCUGUGGAGGCCGUUGAGAAAGCUCUCGCUUCGUUCGGCAAGUUCUCGGCCGUCAAGAGCAAGCGUCUCAGCGUGACCAAUGCCUUCCACUCGGCGCUCGUCGAGAAGCUGGUCGAUGAUCUGGGUCAUGUUGGAAAGGGCCUCACUUUCCACAAGCCAGUCAUCUCGGUUGAACGCUCUACAGAACAAGGCAACGACACGCUGGACUGGACGUUUGUCCCCAGGCACAUGCGCGAGCCCGUCUUCUUCGACCACGCCGUGCAGCGGCUCGCCAAGAGACACCCCCAAGCUAUAUUCCUCGAGGCCGGCUCCAACUCCACCAUCACCGUCAUGGCGGCCCGAGCUCUUGCCCAGAGCAAAGCUGCCACUCCAGACCAUCAUUUCCAAGCCGUGUCCAUCACGAACAUCAACGCUGGCUUCGACAGCCUGACAGAUGCCACCGUCGCCCUCUGGAACCAGGGUCUGCGCGUGUCGUUUUGGGCCCACCACCCGCAACAAACGCUCGAGUACGCACCCUUACUCCUGCCACCGUACCAGUUCGACAAGUCACCGGCCUCUCGUCACUGGCUGCCGGUCAAGUCUCCGCUCGAGGCAGUAGAAAAGGCCGCCGAGGCGCUCCUGGAACAGCGAGGUGGUGUGUCCGGGCAUCGCCAAGCCCAAGGUCCCGAGGCAAAGCCACUGUCCCUGUGGGACUUUGUCGGAUACCAAGACAAGGAUCGGAAAAAGGCCCGGUUCCGCAUUAACACGGGAUCGGACAAGUACCAGAGCUUCUUCACAGGCCAUCUCAUCGCCCAGACGGCACCCAUCUGCCCCGGCACCCUCGAGUGCGACAUUGCCAUCGAGGCCCUGUUCAGCCUGCACCCGGACUGGGCUGAGCAGGGCAUGCUGCCCGUUAUGCGUGACUUGGUCAACGAAGCUCCCAUCUGUGCCGAUCCGUCUCGGAUCGUCUAUAUUGAACUAUGUGCCCUUGACAAGAAGUCUAUGCAAUGGGGAGUGCGUAUCUUCAGUGUUGAGGCGGACACAGUAGUUGAGCAGCCCCAGACCCACGCUGAGGCGCGCGUGGACAUGCGGUCACCUACCGAUGCCGCCUACGUGCAGGAGUAUGCUCACUUCGAGCGCCUUGCCAGCCACGCGCGGUGCCAGGAACUCCUUAAACUCAGCCUUGACGAGGAUGGCGUAGAGAGCCUGCAAGGCCGCCAGGUAUACCGCGCCUUUGAGCCCGUCGUCGACUACAGCGAGCUCUAUCGCGGCGUUCGCUACGUCGUUGGCCGCGGGGGAGAGUGUGCCGGACGUGUACAGCUGGAUAGGCGCCAUCGGCAAGUCGAUACAUGGCUCGACACGCCGCUGAGCGACUCUUUCAGCCAGGUGGGCGGCCUGUGGGUGAACGUCAUGACGGACUGCCCCCCCGAGGACAUGUACAUCGCCACCGGCUGCCAGUUCUCCAUGCGCUCGCCCAGACACAAGAUCGCCGACCGUGUCAAAACGGACGUGUGGCAUGUGUAUGCGCGCCACCUACGCCAGAAUGAAGCGGCCUACACGACGGACGUGUUCGUGUUUGAUGCUGCCACAGGGCAGCUCGUUGAGGUCAUGUUGGGCAUCGCAUAUCAGCGAGUAGCCAAGGUGUCGAUGAGCAAGAUGCUGGCUCGCAUGACCAAGGAUCAGUCGGUGUUGCGCAAUCAUAAAGCCCCAUCCGCAGCACCUCCGACCGCUGCUGCUUCUUCUCCUGCUGCAACAAUUGGCGCAAGUGCAGCAGAUGCCAUACCCAGGCCUGACCCGAAAACAAGCAAGAAGAAGAUGAAGGGUUCAGCCAAAGCAAAGAAGAACAAGACAACCUCUUCUGCUUCGGCUUCAGGCAGACGGGACAUCACUGACGAAGUGCGUAACCUCGUGUCUGAGCUUUCGGGCAUUGAUGUUGAAGACAUGACUCUAGACGCAGAAAUGGCCGACUUCGGUAUCGACUCACUGAUGGGCAUGGAGCUUGGGCGCGAGGUCGAGAGGGCCUUCAAGUGCACGCUGGACCAGGCUGAACAGAUGGAAGCAAUUACCCUGCGCCUGUUUAUACGUUGCGUCGAACAUGCGCUGUUUGGUGCGGACGCAGAUGCACCUCUCCCUCCCACAGAUGAGGGCAGCGAGGAUUCCUUCGACGACGACUCCUCGGAGGACUCGUCGUUGGUCGUCGGCAUGGACCAUGAUCUAGAUUCCUCGUCAUCUACUGACAUAUCUUCGGGUUUUGAGCCUAUUUUGACACCAGGUGCGGACAUGGAUAAUCAGACGCCGCAACAUCAGAAGAAGGAGCCUGCGAAAGCUGAGGAACCAGCCAAGGCGGCGACGACGCCAUCGUCAGCCCCCAGCAACCUGUCUCUAUCGCCCAUGGAUGUUCUUUCGUCCUUUGCCGAGGUCAAGAUGGCCACCGAUGCCUAUCUGCGCGAGUGGAAACUCGACAACAUCGAAAAGGCCACCCUGGUUGGUAACGGCCGUCUGACUGCCGCCCUUGUUGUUGAGGUCUUCAAUGAGCUUGGCUGUCCCCUGGACGCUGCUGCAGGGCAGCCAGUUGACCGCGUGCCAUUCCUGCCACAACAUGGCCGCCUAGUGGAAGCCGUGUACCAGUUCCUCGAGCGCGACGCCCGCCUCGUCGAUAUCGACCCCGCAAGUGGGCAGCUGACGCGCACCCACGUGCCUGUCCCGUCAAAGCCAAGCAGUGUCAUCUUGGAAGAGCUGCUAACUCAGCACCCCGAGUUUUCUGUGCCAAGCCGCCUGUGCUACUAUGCCUGCAAGCACCUGGCAGGUGUGUUGAGUGGCAAGACAGACGGAAUACGCGUCCUCUUUGGCAGCCCCGAAGGCAGGGAGCGGACGGCAGCCAUGUAUUGCGAGUACACAGUCAACUGCAUGUGCUACGCUCAGAUGCGCGAAGUGAUAAGGAAGGUCUGUGAGCGCGCUGGGGUCCUUCAGAAAGGAGAGACUCUCAAGAUCCUCGAAAUGGGGGCAGGCACUGGGGGUACCACGAGGGUUCUGCUGCCCUUCCUGGCAUCCCUGGGCAUUCCGGUCGAGUACACCUUCACCGACCUUUCCCACUCCAUGGUGGCUAAUGCCCGGCGGCUCUGGGGAAAGGUAUAUCCAUUCAUGCGCUUUUUCACGCAUGAUAUUGAGCUGGCUCCCGAGGAAGGACUGAGAGGGGCUCACAUAGUACUGGCCAGCAACGCUGUUCAUGCCACUCACGACCUCGUCGCUUCUCUGACCAACAUGCGCAAAGCCUUGCGGCCUGAUGGGUUUGUUAUGCUUGUGGAAAUGACAGAGGUUGUACCUUUUGUCGACUUUGUCUUUGGCUUGCUCAAGGGCUGGUGGCUCUUUGAUGACGGGCGUAAGCAUGCCGUCGUGAAUGAAGAACACUGGGAACGAGAAUUCCAUGCGGCCGGCUUUGGCCACGUCGACUGGACCGAUGGCCACCUGCCAGAAGCUGCUUACCAAAAGGUCAUUAUGGCCAUGGCCUCUGGUGACCAGGGAGAGCGGCUCCCGAUGCCAGCGCCCGAAGAAGAUGCCAUGGACAAGGGUGACGUAGCUGCGCGCACGGCUGAGGCAGAGCGGCUGGUGGCUAAGUACUCCAAUGGAUGGGCCUCACCAAGACUACACGCCCUCAACGCACAGCGGGCGCAGACGAGGACCAAAGCAAGCAGUGGCAGGGCGCCCAGCCUCGGCGCCGUGGUCCUGGUAACGGGCACGACGGGUAGCCUGGGUUCACACAUUGUACAGAAGCUGGCCGAGAACCCCACAGUCUUCCAGGUCGUGUGCAUCAACCGCCGCAGCAGCAGCGUGUCCGUCGAGAAGCGCCAGCAAGAUGCCUUCCUGUCCAGGGGAAUCACCUUGGCCCCCGGAGCGCGCGCCAAGCUACGUAUCAUAGAGACGGAUAUAUCCAAGGCGCAACAGCUAGGUCUGCCGCCCCAGGAAUACGCAUGGCUUGUGCAAAACGUCACUCAUAUUGUGCACAAUGCCUGGCCCAUGAGCGCGACACGGCCCAUCGGCGCCUUCGAGUCACAGUUCCAGGCCAUGCGGAACCUGCUGGACCUGGCGCGCGUGGUAGCCACCGCGCGUGCCAACGUCCAAGUCGGCUUCCAGUUCGUCUCGUCUAUUGGUGUGGUCGGUUUCUGCGGCGAGAAGCGCGUGCUCGAGCGCCGCGUCGCCCUCGAGGCCACCCUACCAAGCGGCUACCCCCAGGCAAAAUGGGUGUGCGAGCGCAUGCUCGACGAGACCCUCCACCGGCACCCAGAACUCUUCCGCGCCAUGGUAGUGCGUCCAGGCCAGAUCGCCGGGUCCUCCAAGAGCGGCUACUGGAACCCUACCGAACAUUUCGCCUUCCUGGUCAAGUCGAGCCAGGCCCUGCGCGCCUGGCCCGACCUCGACGGGAUCCUGCAGUGGGUCCCCGUCGACCACUGUGGCGCCAUCGCAGCGGAGCUCGUGCUGAACCCGGACGCCGUCCACCCCGUCUACCACAUCGACAACCCGGUCGGCCAGCCGUGGAAGCUCAUGUCGCCCGUGCUUGCACGCGCGCUCAACAUCCCUGCAGCCAACAUUAUCCCGUUCCAGAGCUGGAUCAAGCGCGUGCGCACGUCCCCACUGACCGAGGCGGAGAACCCAGCGGGGCGGCCAGGCAUGGUCGAGUUUUUGGGCGGCCACUUUGAGCGCAUGUCGUGCGGCGGCCUGAUCCUGGAUGUUGGGAGGGCCAAGGAACAUAGCCUGACUAUGGCCCGCGAGGGGCCGGUCAGUCCUGAACUGGCUGUGAAAUAUAUAGAUGCGUGGAGGGAACUGGGUUUUGUAAAUUAG